AUGACCGAGGAACAGGGCGCUGUGAUCGGUAUCAACUUGGGUAAUACAUACGGCAGUCUUGCGUGUAUCAACCAACACGGCCGUGCCGAUGUGAUUGCGAAUGAGAGCGGUGAGCGUCAGAUUGCGACGCGCAUUGCCUUCAAUGGCGAUCAGGUGUAUCAUGGUAACGAAGCCACGCCGCAGCUCAUCCGCAACGCACCCAAUGUGAUUGAUAACUUUGUCAACCUCGUUGGUCGCAGCUACGAUGACCUGAAGGAGGAGGAAAAGGUCCGCAAAUCAGCACAGGUGCUGAACAUCAACGGCGUGCCCUCGUUCGAAGUUGAGGUGAACGGCACCAAGACCGUGCUCUCGGCCUUCGAUGUGCUGGUGCGCUUCAUUGGUGUGCUCUACAACGCUGCAAAGGACUUUAUGUCAGGUGUGCCUAUCGUGGGUGCCGUGCUCAGCGUGCCUAUGUGGUACUCGGACGCCCAGAAUGAGGCCAUUGCUGCUGCCGCCAAGGAGGCCGGUCUGCACUUGCUCGAGCUGGUGGCUGCGCCUGCUGCCGCGCUGACUGCAUACGGCCUCACGAUGCCCAAGCCGACGGGUGAGCUUCCAUCGCACCCCGAUGGCGAUGAGGGCCUCCCAUAUGCCCCUGAAAAGAUCCUGGACCGCAACGUCGUCGUGGUGGACUUUGGUGGUACGUCGCUGGACGUGACGGUGUAUGCAGCGCGCGCCGGCCUCUUCUCCAAGCUCGCUUACGUGCACGACAAGACGGUGGGUGGUCGUGCCAUCGACGAUGUGCUCGUACAGCACUUUGCGAAAGAGUUUACCAAAAAGACCAAGGUCUCCAUCGGCGACCAAGACGCUCGUGCAUGGGCCAAGCUGCGGAACGAGUCCGAGCUGACGAAGCGCUCUCUCAGCGCGAGCAACUCGGCCCAGUGCAGUGUCGAGAGUCUCGCCGAGGGCGUCGACUUUAGUGGAAGCAUCAACCGCAUGCGCCUCAACCUGCUGGCGUCCAGCAUCUACCAGACGGCUGUGGACGACGUGAAGAAGGCCAUCGAGUCUUCUAAGCUCGACACAUGCCAUGUCGAUGAAGUCAUCCUCGCCGGUGGCGCCUCGCGUCUCGCUGGUCUUGCCGAGCAACUGUCGUUCCUGUUCCCUGAAGACAGCAACACACACAUCACGUACUCGAUCGACUCAGACCAGGUGAUUGCUCGCGGCUGUGCCGUAUACGCCCAGUCGUUGGUGCUGUUGCCCAAGGAUAGCGACGAGCUCAAGUUUGUCACGUCGCUCUCCAACAAGCAUGCCGAGCGCAGCGCCGCCGUAACGGUACCAGCCACUACGCGACCGAUCGGUGUGGUGCUAGACGCGCCUGCCGAAGAGCGUGUGGCCAAGCAGGUGGUGGAUGGCAAGCUGUUCGUGCCGCUGGUUCAUGCUCAUACGCCGCUGCCGGCGCGUCGUAUCAUGCGCUUCCCUGUGUCGCCCAACUCGAACGCCACGCUGAUCCGCCUCGCAGAGGGCACACCCAGUGUGCGCGUGGACAAGGUGGACCCAGAGCCGCUCGACGAGGAGGACGAAGAGGACGAGCCGCAGGAGCCCGAGGAGGUGCGCAGUGCCUACAUCCAGCCAGACAACUCGCCUCUGGCUGAGCUCGUCGUGCCGCACGCAGCGACGUGCCAGUCGAUCACCGUGCAGAUGAUCGUGCAGAGUGGUGGCCAGGUAUCUGUCGAGGCGCGCUGCGACAAGAGCGACCAAGUCGCUGCUUCCGUCCAAAUUGGUGCCUAG